AUGAAGGCAUUUAAUACACUCUAGCAAAUAAGUUUAAAUACAGGAAUUCUCUAAAUGCUCUAUAGAGAAAAGAAUGAAAUACUCAUUAUUGCAAGAAAACAAGGAAUAAUUGAUAUCUAUGAUACUUCUAUUAAAUCAAACAUUUAUUAGAUUGGAUCAUUGAAGCUUUCAACUGAGCUUAUUAAUGGUAUUUUUCUAAGCAAAGAUGGAAAAUGGCUUUAUGUGGCAGCUGAUACGCUAGGACUACGCAUCAUAAAAUUAGAAGAAAAUUAAAAACAGAAUUUCAAUAAUUCUUAGCGUGCUAUUACUUUGCUUGAAGCAGGCUUCGGAAAUUUUGGAGUACAAGCAAAUUAAUGUCAAGCUACUUCUGAUUUUUUUGUUUACUGUUUUGAUUUUUGGUAGGGUUUCUUUUUCUCAAAUUCUUAAUCAGUUGUUAGUAGCAAUAGUAAUUAAUAUCCAAUACAAAUAAAUUUUCAAUAGUAUUGGCCAUUCUAGUAAACUAUUCCUACUAUUUAAUCUUUAUUAAUAAAUUCAAAUGAAACAUUACUACUUAUUGGCAUAAGGUCACAAGGAAUUUACAUUUUUGAUAUCAGAGUAAAAAAUUAAAUUAAACUAUUUUAGCAUAUAAAAUCAGACUCACUCGCCUACUCAAUUAUUUUUUCUUAAGAUGAAUAGUACUUGUACCUUUCGAAUGCCUCCAAGCUCUUGAUUUUUUCUCAAAUUGAAAUAAAUUUGAACAAUAAUUUCCCUAAUUUAUUUAACAUUCAUCAAGCCAAAUUCGAUGAGUUAGAUAAUAUUUUAUACAAAUGGAGAUGCUAUACAGAUUAAACAAACUCAUAUUUAAUUGGCGCCUUUGAUUAAAAUGGCGUUUAUGUUUUUCCAUAUCAUUAAAAUCCUUAUAAACUAAACGUUUCAAACUACUAAUAAUAUCCAAUAUUACAAGAUUCAAUUUAGUUUGAACCCUUUGGAAAGUACAUGAUAAUUCCUUAAUACUUUUCACCUCAACUAAUAGGCGUUUAUUAAUAUAAUCCUAUUGAUAAUAGUCCUGAAUAAAGUAAAAUAUCAUUAAUGAACAUGUAGCUAGUAAAGUCUUAUCAGGCUAAUAUCACUUAAAUUAGUGAAAUGAUAACAUUUAGCCAAGAUAGAACUUUUGCAGUUUAAGCAUAUGCUAACGGACUUAUACUUUAUAAUUCAACUGAUAUUUUUAAUAUGUAUGUUUAUUCAUAAUGGUUGAAUCUAGACUUUAUGAUAGGUGAAAAUCAAGGAGCAUGUAUAACAAAAGAUAACAACUGGGUGUUGAGUACAAUUAGACAGUUUGGAGUUUACUUAUUGAAUGUUUAAAAUAAAACAAGUCCAAUACUCACUGAUUACUACAUCAAUUUAGGAGGAGAGAGUGUUUAAAUUUCUGAAAUAAGCAAUUAUGCUUAUUUGGUAGAUGGUACUAAAGGUUUUGCAAUUAUAGAUACAAAUUUUUUUCCAAAAAUCAAUAUAAUUUCUAGAGUCGAUUUACCAGGGUAUUCAAUCACAAUGCUUCCUUUACAGGAUGAGCAGUAUAUAUUAGUAACAUAAGAAGAAGAGGGUAUGGUUACUCUUAUAGACAUCCGAAGUAAAUAAUAUCCUUAAAUAAUUAAUACAGCUAUUUAUGAAUCUUAAACAAGCUAAGCCGUAUGUCUGACUUAAACAAAAGACUAUAUCUUUCUUGGAGUUAGUUUUGGCCUUUUACUGAUGCCAUUAUUUAGCGAUGUAUUGAUACAUACUGAUGUUAAUGCAAUAAUAAUUGACUAAAUAACAGGAGCUACUCAAAUUUAGUAACUAUAAAAAACAAGCAUUAUAAGAGGCAAAAUUAACUUUGAGAUAAACGAUGAAUAUGUUUUUUCUGUUGGUUAAACUAUUUAAUUUAACUUUAAUAUUUUAUACCCGAAAGCUCAGAAUAUGCAUAUAAGUAAAAUUUUCUUUCUCAAAAAUGAUUAGAUGAUUGAUCUACCAUCUAAUUUUUCAUUCGAUCUAUUCUCUUAAUCUCUUUAAUUUUAUGUUGAUCAAUCAAUGCAAGCUAAUAAUGAAAAUUUCCCAAAUCUUAAUAUUAUCUUAUUAUGGACAGUAAUUCCUCUUGAUAAAACUUCUUUUAUAUACUCUUCUGAAGACCCUGAUGAUUUAGGUGUUACAAACUCAGCCCAAUCUGUUCUCAUUUAUCAAUAUCUCUUUGAUUAAGGAGUGGUUGAUUCUAAUAACAUUAUUAAUGAAAAUUAUGACUUUAACAAAAAUUUAAAAUUAAAUAGUGAAUUCAAAAGUAAACUUUUAGAUCCUAAUACUAUAGAUUAGCUUACAUACUAAAAAAUAAUGUCAUAAAUAACUUAAAAAAUAAACUUAACUAUAAAAAGAUCUUGCUAUGUUAACCCUAUAAAAUUUUAUGUACUUUCAUCUUUAUCAUUUAAUAACUUUAACUCAGACUAGUUUAUCAGUACAAAUUAAUAAAAUGAUAUUUCUAUAAUUAUACAAAUUAAUAACUCAGAUGGUAAACUAGUGUAAUUAAUUGAAACAAGUGUUGUGACAUACAUGACAGCUUAAUAAGACUAACUUAAAAUAUAAGGAACACUCUCAAACGUGAAUGAAAUUUUAAAAAAAAGGAUAAUAUUUGCUAAUAGCACUUAAAUAACAACAAAUUCUCCAAAUGUAACUAUAACAAUAGUAGAUAAUAUUAACUAUCCUUUAGUUUAGACUUAUACUAUACAUGACAGCAAUUUUAUAGUAUUAAAAAAAUAAUUGUAACUAAACUAACAAAGUAAUUUGUAAUACCAAAUAUAAUAAUAAUUCUACAAUAGUAUUGUUGACAUAGAAUCAGAAAUUAGCAUUUCUUUUUCGGCAACUACAUUUUUUGUAUCAGAUAGCUAAGAAAUAAGCUAUUCAUACUUUUACAUGAAUGGAAAUGGUGUCUAUGAAUAAAUUCCUCCUAAUUUGUGGUUAUAGUAGCAAAACGAUAAGCUCAAUUUCAAAGGAACAACUACUUCAAGUAUGUUUGGAUUGACUUAUAGAUUUAAAAUAGUGGCGACAGAUGGAUACACAUAAACCGAAGAUUAUUUUUAUUUGAUAAUUAAAGGAAUACCUUUUACAUAUCUCAUAAACAUACUAUUAAAAAUUUUAGGUCCUCUAUUUGCAAUUUUAGGAGUUUAUAAAGAGAGAAUUUCUUUUUACAAUAUUAUUUUUAAAAAUUUAGUUACAUUUUCUGAAGAAUAGGUUAAAAGUGGCUUAGAAUUUCAUAAAGAAAUAAUAUUUCUUGGAUAAACUCAAGAAGCAGCAAAAAAUAUUUUGAAUUAACUUUUCUCAAUAGCUUUGAACAAAUCUAACAAAAAUUAGGAUUAAAAAGUGUAAGAAUAAAAUAACUAAAACAAGGAUGAAAAUAAUAAAGAUGAAUUUGAUUAAGAAUCUAUUUAAUCUUUUGAGAGUAAUGAUUUUACUAAAACAAAAUAAAAUAAAUUUUCUAAUUUUGCUGAUAGAGUCCCUAAAAAAGAAAUUAAUAAAGUAAUUUAAAAUAUAAAUAAGCUUAAAAAACAUCAAAGAAAUUCUGUUUUAGAGUAAAAGUACUUAGACUUGGAUGGAAAUCUUAUUUUUUCUGAAGUAGUAAAUGAUGUAUUGACAUAUGACAUUUUUCCAAAAAUUAAUUGCUUCGACUCAAAGCCUGAAUUUAGAUUUUAAUUAACCAAUUAAAAUUCUAGAAUACACAGAGCUUUGAGAGCACAAGUAUCUAGAUAUUUUUUGAACUUAGACAAAAUAACAUUAGAAAUAUAUGAAUAUAUAAAAUUUUAUUGUUACUCAAACAUUUUAAAAUCAUAAAAUGAUUGGUUUAAAGCAAUAGUUACAAUUAAGUAUAAUACUAACGAAGGAAUUCAAAAUAAUGACAAUGUCUUUCCUAAUUUAAAUUUGGAUAUCUAAACUUUAUUUAUAAUUUUAUAAACUCUAAAAUUAUUUUAAGAUUAAGAUAUCCAAGAAACACCUAAAAAUUUUUCAUCACUCUAAUAAAUAAUCUAAAAUAGUAAGUUAUAUAUUAAUAUAUUUUUGUUAAGAGAAGUAAUUUUUGCUGAUACUUUAGGCUUUUAAUAAUAGAGUGUAUCAAGAUUUACUCCAUCAAUUGGAUUAUCAAUUCAUUUGAAUGACUAUGACAUUAGCCAAAUAGUAGCAUUUAAAAAAAAGAAAGUCAGGAGUUGGAUGAAACCAAUUUUAAGAACUUUAAAUAUGGAAUAUUCUAAAUAUGGUGUAUCAAAGAAUAUGAGAUUACCCUCAUGGAUUUAAAUGGAAUAAAAAAAUGGAAAAAUUAUAUUACAUGGUACCCCAUAGCAAUAUGAUUGUGAAACAAUAUUAAUUAGAAUUUAUGAAUCUAGUGGGUAUGUAGUUCAGCAAUUUAUUUUAUAAGUAGAAUAUAAUGAAAAAUAGGGAGAUUUAAACAUAAAUAAAAAGGAAAUCGAUGUCAUAUAUACAGUAGCUGAUGAAUAAGAGUAUUCAAAUUAUUUUAGUUAAAGAAAUAAAAAUGAAUCUUUAAACUAAAGUUCAAGAACAAUAUAACCAUUUUUAGGUAUCAGUAGAUUUCAUAAUUUUUAAAGAGAAAAAAAUACACCUAUAACUCCUAAAUCAUAAUAUUAAGAAAAUAUAAAUAGCUUUAUGAAUCAAAAGGAAUCUUUCACAUGUUUUUCACCAAAAAGUUUGUAAAAUGAAUAUGAAUUCAGGACUAAAUGUAAUAGUAAAAAUGAAGCUUCCAAUUAAAUUAAUUUAACAAAAUAUAAUGAAUUAUUGAGAACAGAAGAUAUCAGAUUUACAUCUAUAACUCCUAGAUCAUAAAAUUAAGAAAAUAUAAAUAUCUUUAUGAACCAAAAGGAAUCUUUCACAUGUUUUUCACCAAAAAGUUUGUUAAAUGGAUAUGAAUCCAGAAGAACUUAAUGUAAUAGUAAAAAUGAAGCUUCGAAUUAAAUUAAUUUAACAAAAUAUAAUGAAUUAUUGAGAACAGAAGAUAUCAGAUUGAAAACUUAAACUAAUUAAAGCUAUAAUUCAUUGUAAAGGUAUUAUUUAGACACUUUUAAAAGCUAAGAAUCUGAAGAUGAAGUCAUAGAAAAAAAAUAAUACAAAAACUCCAAAGAUAAUUGA